AUGUCUGCGGCGAUUUUAAACGUAACACUGGGGAUCGGAGAAGACACGUGGGUUUGGGAACUGGAUGACUCGGCGGUUUUUUCAGUCAAAAUCCUUAAAAGAACAGUACAAUUGAAUCGGUUCGCGAAUCUAGGUAAUGACUUUGUAUGGAAUAAUUGGAUUCCAAUCAAGGUUAAUUUUCUGGCCUGGAGAUUAUCUUUGGAUCGGGUUCCUACGUUAGUAGCUUUGGCUCGCAGGAAUGUGAAUACGGGUCAGAUUCGAUGCAGGUUCUGUGGUGUGUAUGAUGAGGAUGUGGAUCAUUUGUUCAUGGGCUGUGAAGUGGCACAAUGUGUAUGGAAUUUCGUAUCACAGUGGUGUAGGAUAUCUAGUAUAUUCGCUUUCCGAGUGAAAGACAUACUAGAUUGGCACAAAUAUGUUAAGGGUUGUGAAAAAUGGAGGAAGCUGGUGUAUGCUAUCAUGCAGGUGGCACUUUGGGUUGUGUGGCGAAGUAGAAACGAUGUGAUCUUCAAUAAUCAAGAAGUCAGUAUCGAUCGGAUUCUGAAUGAGAUAAAACACUUGGCGUUCCUAUGGAUAGGUAAUCGUUCGAAUCUAAAAGGAAUCACUAGGGAAGAAUUGUGUAAGUUCGAUAGUGCAAGGAAUUGGAUAUAG